AUGGAUAAUAAUUUCAUUUUUUAAGAAUUAAACUAACGAAUAGAGGGUCUUUUAAAGCUUGAUAAUGAAAUAUUUAUUUAACAAAUUAUUGAAAAGAUUUAGGAUGAAUAAAUUGGAUUAAUUACAGUUGUUACUGAACUCUACUCAUGCAAUCUAGAAACGAUUCUUAAAAUAAAUGCAUUUAAAUACGAUUAAAUCGUAGCACUAACCUACCAACUGCUGAAUAAUUUGUUAACAAUAUAGAAUAAUAAUUUAACAUAUGUUCGCGGCAUAAAUCCUAAUAAUGUCUUUUAUAGCAAAUCUACAAACCAAUUUUUAAUAGAAAUAGUUGAUUACACAUAUUUAAACAUAAUCAAUAACCCAAAUACAUAGAAUACUUUGGCAGUUUCUCUUUAAGAUAAUCCAUGCUAAUAGUCUAUAAAUGAAGGCAACAAAUAAAAUUCAAGAAAAUUUGUUUUCCAUAGGAUUGAUAAUAAUUUAAGCUUUGAUAAAGAGAAAACUAUCAUCUAAUGA